AUGAAAACUUUGAUCCUCUUCGCUUUGGUGUCGGUGGCGGCGGCGCGGCCCGGCGGCCUUUACUCACCUUGGGGAGGACACUCCGUGAGCGUGGUCCAGCAGCCCGUGUACUCCGCGCCGCUGGUCCAGCACCAGCCUGUGUACGCCGCGCCCGUGGUCCACGCGCCCGUCGCCGUCGCCAAGCCCGCCGCCACCAGCUACUCCUCCUUCCAGCAGGUAGUCCACCCAGUAUCGUACGCCCAGCCCGUGGUCCACGCAGCGCCGGUGGUCCAAGCUGCCCCAGUGGUCCAUGCAGCCCCGGUGGUUCACGCCGCGCCAGUGGUCCAAACCUACGCCCAGCCUUUGGUCCACUCGGUACAAGUGGCCCAACCGGUACAAAAGCUGGUCUCAUAUGGAGGUUACGGCUACGGCCACGGCUGGUAGAUGGAUUGUGAUAUGAUGAUGAUGAUGAUAAUGAUGAUUAUGUUGACAGAAUGUAAAUAAUUUAUUUUUAUUGUAACUAUGCGUCGAGAUCCAGUCCGUGUUGUGAUGCGGUGCUAAUAAAAUGUUUUAUACUGAAU